CGUACAGACCAGAAUAUAACCCAUCUCUUCUUAACACCGCCCCCCUCACAUAGCGCCUGCAGACCAGCUUUCCCCCCGACUUACUCGAAUGCACGGGGAAUGAAAACUCGCACAGGAUAUUGAGGCAAGAUAUAAAGGGAGGCUGUCCCAUUCCCUUCCGUAUCGUUCCCUAGGAAUUUCCCAACCGACGCUCCUUUCCCUGAUCACCGCGAUAAUGAGCUCUGUUGGCUUGGAAACCCUCGAACAUCGUGGCACCAACGGUAGCCUUUCAGGACAACCGGAGCCCGGCGUCAAAGCAGGCUCAAGUGUCUGCUUGGAAGAGCCUUGCAAGCAGUCUCGAGGAGAGAAUCCUUAUGAUCUUGACCGCGGCACUGGUCAGCACCAAGCCAAUGAUGAAGUUCCCAGCCAGGUACCCAUCGCAAUUGUUGGAAUGGCCGUCCGCCUCCCCGGUGGGGUGAGGUCAACUGAUAGCUUCUGGGACUUGCUGCUCAGUCAGAAGGAUAUCAGCCGUGAGGUCCCCCAGGACCGCUAUAACAUCGACGCAUUCUACAGUGACACCCAACCGCGAGCUGUAAAAGCAAGACGCGGGUAUUUCUUGGACCAUGAUAUGGCCGAUACGGAUCCCUCCGCGUUCAACAUGAUGGAGAAUGAAACCGGCCACUUGGACCCCCAGCAAAGGCUUCUGCUCGAGGUUGUCUGGGAGUGCAUGGAGAACGCAGGUCAAGCGGACUGGCGUGGAAAAGAUAUCGGAUGCUAUGUUGGAAGCUUCAGCGAGGACUGGCUGGAGAUGUCUUUUAGAGAUCCGCUGUUCAUGAGCCGAUACCACGUCUUCGGUGCAUCCGACUUUGCGCUGUCCAACCGGAUCUCCUACGAGUAUGACCUCAGAGGUCCCAGGUGAGUCCAAGGCCAGAUCCAACCUGCUAGCGAUG